AUGCGAUGUGUAUCGACCUCUCUACUUGUUGACUGCAUUGCCCCUACCAUAAAGCAAGUUCUCGGCGAGUCAGUGUCAAGGACACUGGCACUUCCUCUACUAUGGGCAUCUCUCUCACCAGAAGGUAGCAUCGUGCAGAAUGUCAUUCCAUCUUCAUUGAAGACGCGAGUCAUUGAAGCUUACCGUGGCGCUGGAGGUGAUCCAGACGUGAAUCCAGUUGAGCGCAUCGGAUUCCAUGUUGCCGGGGAUGGUGCGCAGUUGCAGUUGAUUGAGAUUCGUGAGGUUGAUGAUGCGACGAUGAAUUCAGCUGGCUCCGGUCAUGGCAGUAUUAGUGCUGAUGGGCAAAGGAAGGAGUUCGCAGCGCUGCAUGCUCAUCUCUUUGGCCUGUAUCGGAAGGUGGAUGAAGUGAUGCAUGAGCUUCUUCGUCUCAGAAAUGACUUUCAGCACAUGGACCACCGCAAUCAAGCCAAUCUCCGUCGCAUCGCUCUGCAGCCUGUGGUUCGAACCGUUGCUUCGAUUCCCACGGCAACACCCAGCGCAAGUCGUGCACCAGACAGUCACCAUACAGCUGCCAGACUGUGUAAGCGCCCGAGAGAUUUGUUUGAGCUGUGGCACGAGUAUGAAUUCGGAUGCGGUGGAUCAAAGCCAGCCAAGGAGUUCACAUCAAAGGAGCGUGGGGCCGAAAAAUCCAAGUUCUGUCGACGUAAAGCAUUCUGGGAUGUCGUUGGUAAACUUGUUCGUGCGGGCUACACCAGUGAUGUAGCAAUCGACAAAGUUUAUGCUGCUUACG